AGAUUCGGUUGGUGACGCAGAUGCCUGAUCAUUAGCGAAGAAAAUAUAUCGGAGGGGGGGCGGAAAAAAAAGUCGAAAGAAGAGGAGAAAAGAGAGCAAGCAAUUUCAGGAGACUGCGGCCCGUGUUUUAAAGCGAGUUACGGCGGUAUUUUCAGACGUGACGGCUGGAAAUAAUCGAGGCCGGAGUGGUCUGUGCCGAGCUCGGUUGUUUGGGCCCGGACAGGUUAAUUGCCAAGAAAGAUUGGACGAAUUCUGUGUUUCUUCAAUGAGGAACUACAGGUUGAUCUUCUGCCACAACCUCAAGCAACCAUAGCUGGCUAAAAAAUGCUUAUUCACUAAGGGUGAUUGGUGUAUAAGUUAUUUUUUAAGUGGGUGUCUGUGCUCAGAGACAAAAACGGCUUUGCUUUUUGGCUGAGGGAAGAUAUGAGGAAGAGCUUCUCUCCUUCACUGUGUAACAGCAACUCUUUCACUACUAACAAAAUUUUUGGAGUUCCUCUUAAUGAGCUACGGCAACAAGGACGUCAUCCAGGGAAUGGAGUUCGAUUUAUAGUAAAGCAGAUUGUGGAGUAUCUGGAGGCACAUGACAAUAUUGAGGAUGAACUUGGAAGGAAGUUGAAAUGCUUCUUAGAUGAGCUUCCAGCUGUUAACUACAAUCUCCUGAAGUUCCUCUGUAGAUUCCUGGUUAAGGCAGCAAUACAAAAGGAAGAAAAGUGGGCUUCAAGGAAUCUUGCUGCUGUAUUUGGCCUGGAUGUUUUCCAUAUUUGCACAGAUGUGGGAGAUAUGAAAGAAGAAGAAACAGCUAGCAAUAUAAUGUCUGAACUUCUGGAGAAUUACAGUGAUUUCUUUGCUACUGAAGAGUUUCUGCCCACAGAUAUUUCAAAUUCAUUUUGUGUUGAGGUUACUGAAUCAUGUGAAGAAGGUGAUAAAAUAGAACAAAGUGAUGUACUUCCUGAAGAACCUGAGAGCAUGUUGAUGAAUGCUGAGCACUUGACGAUAACUAAGAAUAUAACUGAAUCUGAUAUCGUUUUGUCAGCAAGUGCCCAUGGCUCCCCUAUCAACCAAGUGACCAUAUCUGCAGAAAAUGAUCUCACUAAAGUGAACAGUCACAACACUGAAGUUAAUAAAACAGCCCUUUCUGAAACUUUGCAGCAUGCAGAUAGUUUGGUAGACAACAAUCAGCAGCUUUCACUACAUAAUUGUACCUUGGAAGUACUGAAAAAUUGUUUGCACCGGGAUGGUGAAAAUAUUGUGGAAAACUUGUCUGUCCCCAAAGUUCCACUCCUGGAUAUGCCUGAAGGAAGCUUGGACAAUGAGCCAAUUAUAGAUGAAGAAAAUAAUAAUGAAGCAGAAAGGCAAGAAAGUACUUCUGUUUCUGAAACUGACAUAGAUAGUUCUUUAAAAUUAACCUCGAAUUCAUCUACUGAAAUUUAUGAUUUAAAUGCAAAUAAAGAGCCUGAUGUGCCAAAAAGCCAAGAAGUUUCUAAUCAGGAUAACAGAGUACGACCAGAAAUUGCUCGCCUUGAUCUGAAGAGAGUGACUGAGACAGGUGUCUGGGAAGCGCCAUGUACAAUCACUUUUCCCUUCAUUGAUUUCAAAACAAUGCAUCUUCAAAGAGAUGGGGAUGAUCCUGUUCCUGCAUUUAAAUCAUGGCAGGAUGAAUAUGAGCAUGAAUUAGGAGAGGCACAACUCUCACCACAGGCAGGCAGACUGAUUAGUCAUCCCCUUGAAGAGGACCCACCACCCAUGUUAUGCCGUCGUUACCUUAAUUUUGGUCACAGUCAACGCUUUAUACAUGAGUCUGAUUCAAUAAACUCUUCAUUGAAAGGGCUUUCCUCCUUUAGACCACGAAGAUCAUCAUUUGAUUCCAAAGAUGAUGAAAAGGAAGAGCAGGCUCAACUGCAACUGACUAAAAAAGUUCAGAACAUCAAAAAGAAAAUAAAGUUAUUCGAAGAACAGUUUGAAAAGGAGAGGAACUAUAAGCCAUCCCACAGUGACAAAGUGGCAAACCCAAAGGUUUUAAAGUGGAUGAAUGAACUGGUCAGAUUACGCAAGCAGUUAAAAGAAGCAAAAUAUAAAACUUCAGAAAAUGACUUGGAAAUUCUACCUGUAAUAAGGCCACGCAGCAAUACUCUUCCAAAGAGCUUUGGUUCCUGUUUGGAACAUGAGCAAAGAGAUGUAUCAAAAGAAACAUUUGAGAAGGAGAAAAAGCCAUCUAAGGAAGCAACAUUAGAAACGAUCCUAAAAAGACUUAAAGAGAAACGAGCAGAGGAAGACUGGCCAGAGGAUAUUAAGGAAAUGAGACAAAACCAUUUAACGGCAGAGAAGAUAGCCCUUCAGAAGAGUCUGUUAUAUUUUGAAAGUAUUCAUGGACAUCCGGUUACUAGGGAAGAAAGGCAGCUGGUGAAGCCUUUAUAUGAUAGAUACCGACUUGUGAAACAGAUGUUGGCCAAAGCAAGCGCAACACCAGUAAUUGGUUCUCCAUCGACCAAACGUCGUGGCCAGACAUUACAGCCAAUCAUUGAAGGUGAAACGGCCCACUUCUUUGAAGAGACAAAGGAAGAGGAGGAGGAGGAUGAUUGUAACGUGACAGCAGACUUCACUCUUACCCUAAGGCCAGACUUACAUGCUCGGAAUUUUUUAGAUCAGUUGGAUAAUGAUCACAACACAAUUGCAUCGGCUGUAAAAGAGACUUCAGUAAGGCUGAGCCUUGACAUAGGGGUAUCAAGCAUUCAUGCUGCAUCAAUGCCAGAACUGCUUGAACAACUCUGGAAAGCAAAAGAUGAGAGGAAGAAAUUACGUAAGACUCUGCGUGAGUUUGAAGAAAAGUUCUAUCAAAAAAAUGGAAGGAAUGUACAGAAAGAAGAUCGUGCUCCAAUGAUUGAAGAAUACAGAGAGUAUAAACGCUUAAAAGCCAGAGUCAGGCUUUUGGAAGUUCUUAUUAGCAAGCAAGACACAGCAAAAUCACUUUAAGCUGGAUUGAUGUUAAUCAGUACUAUCUUUACCAAGAGCAAUGUGUUGAACACUUUAUCUUAUGGAACUGGUGCUUAUCUCUUUUGUAACAUAACCCUUGCCUAAAGCCAAUUUGUGCACUUUACUCUGGUGCUUCUUACAUAGUAAUGAGCAAAGGGUAAGGCUGUACCUCAAGGUUGCUAUGAAUGGUAGAUAGCUCCAGAGUAACUAAGUCUGUACUGACCUAAUGCUUUGUCAGGUUGAUGCAUCUUGUUCUGGAAUUGACAGUAGUAAUAUAUUUACUCUGGGUACUUAAAUGUUUUUUUGAGUUAUCUGUUGGUGAAAUACAGAGUACAAAGAAUCAUUUACCUAUCCAUCUAUAUUUCAAGACAGAUUACAAAAGGCGGAUUGAUAUAUUUAUUUGUUACCAUGUGUGCUUGCUGCAUUACAAAACUAGAAAAUGCUGAUUUAUUCAUUUGUUUUCAAUCAAAAUUUUCAGUUUAGACUUCAGUUGGCAUUUGUCAUAAGAAUUGCUACUCUGAACAGAGCAGAAAGGCGGAGCAGUGAUUUUCAGUAGAAUCCCUCUUAAACCAUCAGUUAUCCAUUUUGUGAAGUGGACAGGGUCUGAGCCAGAAAGUUGAGGUAUUAUACACCUGUUACAUUUGCUGUAUAUAAUAGAUUGAAGUUGUUUGUUACUGUAGUUUGCUGUCCACAAUGGUACAGAAAGCACUAAUAUACAGUAAAUGUUUACUAAAUAGCUGUUACUUUUACUAAGUGUAUUAACAUUUUGAGAUUUUUUUUCUGCAAACUGAAAUAUUUGGCAGAGUUUGAUUUAUGAAUGUGUUUUAAUGCAAAAUACCUGCUUUCAGUAUAACUUGUGCCACUUUUUACUGCUGAAGACUGCUUAAUAGCAGGAUGAGGUGUUAGAUUUACUGUGCAGUGAUCUUGUUUUUUUAAGACACUCUCUUUUGGAAACAAUAUGAAAACCUUUUGAGUAUCCUUGUCAAUCAGAUAAGAUGGGUGUUGCUUUAUAAUGCUAUUUGUAACUGUGAUACAAUUGCAUGCACCUACUGUAUGUGUAAUUUAAGCAGCUACAUUUUAUUUUUUGCAUGAUUUUAAUAAGUAAUACUUGCAAAACCUCUGAAUGUAAACAGCACAAGGACCCUUUAUUGAAAGCCGAAAUUUAAGGUUGACUAUAAUGGUGCAACUUAGUCAGAAAUAUCCAUUGAAAGAUAGUGUGUACAUUUUUGUACAUUAUUGGGUUUGUCUUUGUGUAACUAAAUGCAGCAAAAUGGUUAGGCACUGUAGUACGUUGGCUAUUCAUUGUUGAAAAUUACAAUAUUACUGCAUUCCAAUAUGAAGACUUUAAUAAAUGCAUGGUCUCAGCACUUUCAAGUGUUUUCUUGUGUGCAUAUAUAGCUGUAUGGUGGUACAUUUGAUAGUAAUGUAUCAUUUCCACACUUCAGUUGAAAUUAGUUUUUUAAACUUGUAUUUAUUUGCAUAUUUUGGUAUGUUGAAAUUUUUAACCAAUCUUAUCCACUCUUGCAUAUUGAUAACUUGCUUGAUCCACAUUUAGAAAUUGCUUGUGAAUUUGAGGAUGAAUUAGAUUUUAAUAGAGUAUGUAGGAAAAAAAUCAUAAGAGCAAUAACAUUUAAAAUUUGGACUGUGGAAUAACAUUCUGAUACAUGUUAGGUGUUUAAAGCAGCUUUUAUUGCUUGGAAUAAACAAAUUUCAUGUAACAAAACUGGAUGGCUAGAACUUCAUAAUAUGCCAUCAUUUUUUGCCAACCUGGGACUUUUGGUUUCAUGUUAUGGUGAACUGUAGGAUUUACCACAUUGCAUGUUACAUGUAGAUUAUUUAUUUUGGAAGUUUAAUAUAUCAAUUAGUUUUCGUAAUAUAUUUGCUGUGUCAUUUACUUUAAUAAAGCGUUUCCUAUA